AUGUGGGGAGUUUCAGGCCAUAUGGACAUGGUGGAACAGGUUCUCCAGGAGUGUUUGCAGUCUUCCGAAGACCGAAUCCACUAUUUGAAGCCCUCGUCUUUCGGGUCCUUCAAGACAUACGACGGCAUCAAGGUGAACGGAGACCGAGUCAUUAAAGACAUAUUUGACGCAAUUGAGAAUUUGAAGAGCGACGAGGACGUGGAGGUCAGGAAGAUCAGCGUGGUGGGAUACAGUUUAGGGGGGCUGAUUGCGAGGUACUGUAUUGGAGAAUUGUAUGAGAUUGGCUUUUUCGACAGCAUUGAGCCCGUGGUGUUCAGCACGUUCGCAUCUCCACACCUUGGAGUGAAGUUUUUCAGAGUCUCUCGGAUUCUGGACAGGGCGAUGAAUUUCCUUGGUAGCAGACUCGUGGGACAGUCAGGAAGAGACUUGUUCAUUCACAAGUCCGAUCUGCUUCCGGAGCUAGCAGACAAGGAAAGCAAGUACUUCAAAGGGCUGUCUCUGUUCAGAGUAAGGAUACUUCUUGCCAAUGUGCGCAACGACAGACUCGUCAGCUUUGCUACCUCGUACAUCUCCAACUACAAUCCGUUCGAAUUCUGGGAGAACCUGGAAAUCAAGUACGUGGAUGGGUUGCCGUCAGUAAAGGUGCUAGGCAAAGAGUAUCCGGUUCGAAUCGUGGACCUGAAGGCCACAAUGUACCAUCCAGAGCUGAAAAAUAAGGAAGAAAUCGACCAUCUUCAACGGACCCGCAAUAUUGCCAUUGGAGUGUUUCUGAUGCUUCUUCCGCUGGUCUUGCCGGUGAUUUUUGUGGCGAGUGUAUUUGGAACAAUCAAAAGCGCAAUAAGGAUGUCGCUUCUGCCGGUGUUCGACCACGGAGGUGCCUGGAAAACCCUGCAGAAACGACUGGAGGGCAACAAGGCUCGGCAUCAUACCCAAAGAAGAGAACACGAGGAUCCGUUGGCCGAAGCAACACAGGAGAUUGUCGAAAACACACUCCAGGAGCUGUCUGCCGAUCAGGGCGAUAAGGGCGAGUCUUCGACAGACUCGGGGGCAGGGUCCGAAACGCUCAAUGAUACAAACCCUAUUCUGGUCGAGUUUGACGCCGAAGAGGCUGCUGAAUCUCUCAAAUUCCUCAUAAAUGAGAUGGAUGUUGGUCCACUGGCAGAGCUUCCGUUGACAGAUAAGCUCGAACCGUUACCAUACGAUGAUAAGCGCAAGUUGAUGUGUGCAAGCCUGAACGAGCUCGACUGGAUCAAAAUACCCGUCUACGUGAGAUCUCUCAACGCCCACGAGGGCAUUGUUGCACGGCGUGGGCUCAAGAGGACAGCAGCUGGCGCUCCAGCCCUGUAUCUCUGGGGGACGCUCUUCAAGCAAAAUUCAGAGUGA